AGGAGUCAAAAUGGUCUGCUAGAUGUGUUGUCAUUGUCAUUAAAUGUCAACUCUGAUAAGAGAUUUUAAUUAUUGGUUUAUAAAUACAUUCAAUAUAGUUUUAAUGUGUCUUAAUAUUGUUUUGGAUUCAGAUAUGAACACGUCGUCAAUGUUUUACUGCACAAUAAACCGUCUCGGAAGAAAUAAAUCCAUAUUUUGGUAACCAGUUAUUUAGAUGUAAUUAUGAAUUAUUAGUUGUAUGUUGUAUUUUGCUCUACCAAUAGAUAUUAGCUGACUCACAUAAAUGGAGAAUGAACUGCACAUUGAUGGAAAUGAGUCAUUACGGGAUUGUGGGGAUGAUGACAGUGAGAGUAUUACAGAUAGCCCGGAUGAUGAUGAACAGAAGGAAGAUCCCUUGGACCUGACUGUCCACUGUGAACCAAUGUUUGUUGAGCUUGAAGAAGAGAAGGAGACGGAUGACAACCGAAGUCUCAAUUUGGAAGAAGAAUGCGUAGAUCCUUUGGAAUUUUUGGAAGUUGACCAGGACUCAAUCUCGGAAAGCAUUGAGAGUGACGAGCCCUCAGAAGCAGCAAUCGUUGAAGAUACUCAGCUCUCACAUGAUGGAUCUCACAAGGAUAAUGUGGUACACCUCUCUGAUGAAAAUACUCAACAGACUGACAAGCUGCAACUCCUAAAUGAUGAAAAUAAACAGGCCAAACUUAUACACAAUUCAGAUGGCAGUUCUCAACAGAAUCAUCAGAGCUUCAAUACAAAUAGCAUGGAAAAAGAUAUGAUAAAACAAGACAUUAUUUAUGAUGUGAUAGAGGAAUGCCUCCCAGGGAAGCCUCCAGUUGCCACAAUGUGCAAGUUUCAGCCUAGCAAGCGUAAGAAUAAGAAGAAAAAAGAUUUUGAUCCAGAUUUUCAUUUUGUUGGGAGCACAUUAGAGUACAACAAAGAUGUGUGGAAUGAUUUAACAAAAUAUGUCAAGCGGAAUGCUAAGUCAAAGGUGGAUGAUAAAAUUCUCAAAGCAAGGAAGAAACUGAAAGAAGAAAAUGAGGACAGUGAUGAAGACUUAGAAGUGAAACAAGAAGUGGUGAGUGAUGGUGAACUGUCGCUAUCUGACGAUGAGUUAAAACGAGAUAACAUCAGAAACAAGGAAAAGAAUAUUGGCAAGAAAAAAAAGAAGAAAAUGAAACUCUUAGAAAAUAAUGCAGAAGAGAAGAGUGAAGAAUUCUUUGAGGAUGCUCCCCCAUUUGAUAUGAAUGCAUCAUUUUAUCAGAUGAAUCUAUCAAGACCUUUGCUAAAGGCAAUAGGAUCAAUGAACUUUGUGACGCCCACCCCAAUCCAGGCAGCCACUAUCCCAGUGGCAUUGGCUGGCCGAGACGUUUGUGGAUGUGCAGCGACAGGCACUGGUAAGACUGCAGCCUACAUGCUACCCACCCUGGAGCGUCUGUUAUACAGGCCUCGUGACGCCACUGCCACCACUCGAGUGUUGGUGCUGGUACCCACAAGAGAGCUGGGUGUCCAGGUGUACCAAGUCAGCAGGCAGCUGGCCCAGUUCACCAACAUAGAUAUCGGACUGGCUGUGGGAGGAUUGGAUCUCAAAGUACAGGAGUCUGUACUGCGAAGGAGCCCGGAUGUAGUGAUUGCCACACCUGGCCGACUGAUAGACCACCUCAAGAACACCCCUACCUUCUCCCUAGACAGUGUUGAGGUGCUUAUACUGGACGAGGCGGACAGGAUGCUAGACGAAUAUUUCCAAGAACAGAUGACGGAGAUAAUCAAACAGUGUGCACGAACACGUCAGACGUUGCUGUUCUCUGCCACCAUGACCGAUGCAGUCAGCGAUCUGGCAGCAGUGUCACUUGACAAGCCUGUCCGUGUGUUUGUCGACAAUAACCAGGAUGUUGCCUUCAAUCUUCGUCAGGAGUUUGUGAAAAUCCGGAAGGAUAAAGAAGCUGACAGGGAAGCUCUAUUGGCGGCCCUGGUCUGCCGUACAUUCCAUGACCACACUAUGGUUUUUGUCACCACAAAGAAACAGGCCCACCGCAUCCACAUACUACUUGGUCUGCUUGGUGUCAAGGUGGGAGAGUUGCAUGGAAACCUGUCUCAGCCGCAGAGACUGGAGGCUCUGAAGAGGUUUAAGGAGGAACAGGUGGAUGUUCUGGUAGCCACUGAUGUAGCAGCUCGGGGUCUGGAUAUCUCUGGUGUCAAAACUGUCAUCAACUUCCUGUUACCACCCACUCUGGAACAUUACAUUCACCGUGUGGGACGAACUGCACGAGCGGGUCGAGCUGGAGUGUCAGUCAGUCUUGCGGGUGAGAAUGAACGCAAACUGGUCAAACAGAUCGUCAAGCGAGCACGCAAUCCGGUCAAGAGCAGAGUGAUACCUGCAGAAAUUGUGGACAAGUAUCGCAAGAAGGUGGCAAGACUGGAGGAUGAGAUUAAUAAGAUCCUUCAUGAAGAGUGGGAGGAGAGAGUAAUGCAGAGAGCAGAGAACCAAGCUAAUCGUGCAGAAAAACUGCUCAAGGAGGGAGGAGAAGAAAUGCCCCGGUCAUGGUUCCAGAGCCACAAACAACGCCAGGAGGAGAAAGAAAGACUGAGACUAACUGAAAUGAAGAAUGAACCAGGCAAGUCGAAGGAAGUGAAAGGCAAAGAGAAAGAAGAGAAAGCUCCAAAUGAAGUACAAGAAAGGCCACGCCAAAACAAGAAAAAGAAGAAGAAGCAUGAAGAGAGCCCUGAGGAAAGAGUCCAGCAGGAAAUGGAGAAGGUCAUGUUGCUGCAAGCGAGAUUGGCUAAGAAGAAGCGGAAACCAAAGAAAAUUAAAACAGUAGUUGACAGUGCAUUUGAUGGAGCAACAGGUGGAAGAAAGCGAAAACAGUCUUCUUUUGAGCAUGAACUUACAGACACCAGCAAGAAGGGAGUGAAGCGUUUACGAUAUGAAGCAAACAAGAUUAACAAGCAAGAAAAGUUUGGGAAGAAACAUCAGAAACCACAAAGUGCUUUUGGUAAACAGAAAGGGAAAAGUUAUUCUAACAAAUCAAACUUUAAAAAGAAAUAGAACUAUUUUAAUAAUAUUAUUGUUAAAUGAUAUAAAAUAUAUUUUUAACUCAUAA